CCUUCUCCAUUCGCAAAACACAAAAGACGACGAGAUACUAUGUUGUAAGGAGGGAUCUGGCCCAAAUCUUACUCUCUCACUCCCUUUGGGUGGAUCAUCGUGCUUCCUUCAACAAGUUGCUCCCAGGGUGGACAUUCCGAUUUUCCCAAGUAUACGAAACACUCCCUCACUCAUAGAUUAGCCGAGGCUGCCAUUCUGGAUCUCCCCGCAACAACUCACUCAAACCCUCCCGCAUAUUUAAAGAUUUUCCCUUCCCGUAUGAUACCACAUUGAUUGGACCUGUCUCCCCCCCCGAAAAUGAACCCAUCCAUCCUGCGCACGGCCUCGCGCCACCUCCAGGCGGCCAAUCGCCUAUGCAAAUCAUCCGUCGCCUCACUCGCCAGCUCUAGGCGCAACUAUGCAACGUUCAAUUGGGAGGAUCCCCUGGUCGCAUCCGAACUGUAUAGUGAGGAGGAAUUGGCCAUCCAGGAUACCGCGCGGCAGUACUGCCAGGAACGGUUGCUACCCCGUGUUCUCGAUGCCUAUCGAAACGAAGACUAUGACCGCAAGAUUCUCCAAGAAAUGGGCGAGCUCGGCCUGCUCGGCGCCAACAUUGAGGGAUACGGGUGCGCAGGAGCGAGCACCGUGGCCUCUGGCUUGAUUACCAAGGAAGUUGAACGCGUGGACUCGGGAUACCGGUCAGGAAUGUCGGUGCAGAGCUCUUUGGCAAUGACGGCCAUUCACGAUUUCGGCACACAGGAGCUCAAGGACCGUCUCCUUCCCGAGCUGGCCAAGGGCAAGCUCGCGGGCUGUUUUGGCCUCACCGAGCCCAACCACGGCUCCGAUCCUGGCUCCAUGGAGACGGUGGCUAGGGAACAUCCUACCAAGAAGGGCUACUACUUACUCUCCGGCACCAAGACGUGGAUCACCAACUCUCCCAUCUCAGACAUCAUGGUCGUCUGGGCCAAGCUCCAAACGACGGGCAAGAUCCGUGGCUUUGUCGUCGAGCGCAGCAAAUGCCCGCCUGGUACGCUGGAGACUCCUGCCAUCAAGAACAAGACCGCUUUGCGCGCCUCAAUCACGGGCAUGAUCCAGAUGGACGACUGUCCUGUGCCGGCGGAGAACAUGUUCCCCGACGUGGAGGGCCUCGUGGGUCCUUUCACGUGCCUCAACAGCGCUCGGUUGGGCAUCGCCUUCGGCACGAUGGGCGCCCUGGAGGACUGCUUGGACCGGGCUCGCACCUAUGCCCUGGAGCGAAAGCAGUUCAAAGGUAAUCCGCUGGCGAAGUACCAAUUGAUCCAGAAGAAGCUGGCGGAUGCGGCGACCGACGCGGCUUACGGCACCCUGGCUGCGACGCAGGUAGCGCGUUUGAAGGAUGCUGGCAAAUGCACCCCUGAGAUGAUCUCGAUGAUCAAGCGGCAGAACUGUGAUCGUGCCUUGGCCAAUGCACGGAUACUUCAGGAGAUUUUCGGCGGCAAUGCGACUAGCGACGAAUACCAUAUUGCUCGCCAUGUGGCCAACCUGUUCGUGGUGCAAACUUAUGAAGGACAAAGUGAUAUCCAUACAUUGAUACUCGGAAGAGCCAUUACCGGAGUCCAGGCCUUUGUUUGAUGCUGAGUGCACCGCCGCAACUCCUGAACACAAAUCAUCCCCUGGUCAGAUGAUGAGUAGAAAGUACUACUAGGUCAGCCCAUCUAAGGCCACCCAUGACCACAUCAUACCACAUCCUGUACAUAACUACAAUCCUCCUACAAUUACGAAUGUAGUCCAG